GUCAAGUCGUUGCAAAACAGACAACCGUGUAGCGGUGGAAGAGGACAGUCACAGAAGGAAGGAUAAAACAGCUUCAGGAAAAUGAUGCUGUCAGAAGUCCUGCAGAUGCUGCGGGGGGCAGGUAAAGUGGGGUCUGCCCUGGUCACCACCCAAGGAGAACAGCUCCGAUUAAUGGCCUGUAACUCCUCCAUGGGAGCAGGGGUGAAAGCUGCUCAGGAUGUGGUGGAAGGACUGGUGGGCACCUUUAUGGGCGGCAGCAGUGCGCAACAGUCAAUAAAGGAGGAUGAGUUUCCGGAUGCCGAAGGCUGGGAGCACAUGGACCCUGAUGAGGCAGCUAAGUGGGCUGUAGGGUCAGACUUCCCUCCUGAUGCUCCGGAGCAAAGUCACACAGAAGCUGGAGCUGCAGCAGAGAUGCCAGCAGGAGUUCCUCCCUCCGCAGGGGGCUCUCCUUCAGGGGCAGGCUGGCCAGGACAAAGCGCUCGCUUCCUCCACACAUCCCCAGGUCUCCAGCGGUACUACUACCAGACCAGGUCUGUCCAUGACACGGUGGUGGCCAGACUCACACCAGAGGACAUCAAGAAAGCGAGAGAGGCCAAGCAAGCUCUGGUCAAACCUGUCAAACAGAAGUUGAGUGAACGUGCCAAAGAGAGGAAGGUCCCAGCCACAAGAAUCAGCAGGCUGGUUAAUUUUGGAGGACUGGCAGUAGGACUCGGGAUUGGUACCAUUGCAGAAGUGGCAAAAAAGUCUUUGGGAGGCAAACAAAAAGAAGAGAUGAAUGCCCUGUUAGACUCUCCGAUCCUGUCAGAGGCCAAUGCUGAGAGAAUAGUCAACACGCUGUGCAAGGUCCGAGGGGCCGCACUAAAGAUCGGACAGAUGUUCAGCCUUCAAGACAAUAACUUCAUCAAUCCCCAGCUGCAGAGGAUCUUUGAGAGGGUCCGGCAGAGCGCAGACUUCAUGCCCACCUGGCAGAUGAGUAAAGUUCUGGAGGAGGAACUGGGGCCCGGCUGGCGAGAUAAGCUAUCGUCCUUUGAAGACAAACCGUUUGCUGCAGCUUCCAUCGGCCAGGUGCAUCAUGGGGUUUUAAAAGAUGGAAGAGAGAUCGCAAUGAAGAUCCAGUACCCUGGAGUGGCAGAGAGCAUCCACAGUGACAUAAACAACCUGAUGUCAGUCCUAAAAAUGAGCGUGGUCCUGCCAGAAGGUCUGUUUGCAGACAGCAGCUUAGAGGUUCUUCAGAGGGAGCUGGCCUGGGAGUGUGACUACAAGAGAGAAGCCGAGUGUGCAAAGAAGUUCAGGUCCAUGCUGGAGGGAAACGAGUAUUUCCAAAUCCCUGAGGUGAUCGAUGAGCUGUCCGGCCGCAGGGUGCUGGCCAUGGAGCUGGUUCAAGGAGUCCCACUGGACCGCUGCGUAGACCUGGACCAGGAGACCAGGAAUGAGAUCUGUUUCAAGAUCCUUCAGUUGUGUCUCCGGGAGCUGUUUGAGUUCAGAUUCAUGCAGACGGAUCCAAACUGGGCCAACUUCUUCUACAACUCUGACACCAACAAGGUUGUUCUGUUGGACUUUGGAGCGUGCAGAGGCUACCCAGAAUCCUUCACAGAUGACUACAUACAGGUGGUGUAUGCAGCCUCUGUGGGUGAUCGAGCCACAGUUCUUUCCAAAUCGAAGGACCUGAAAUUCCUGACAGGCUUCGAGACCAAGGCCUUUGAGGACGCCCACGUUGAGGCGGUGAUGAUCCUGGGGGAAGCCUUUGCAUGUGAGGAGCCCUUCGACUUUGGCACCCAGAGCACCACCCAGCGCAUCCAGAGCCUCAUCCCCGUCAUGCUACGCCACCGUCUCACCCCUCCACCGGAGGAGUCGUACUCCCUCCACCGCAAGAUGGCCGGCUCCUUCCUCAUCUGCUCCAAACUGAAGGCACGCAUUUCGUGCAAGGACAUGUUCUUGGAUGUGUACAAUGCCUACAACGAGAGGAGGCAGGCGCAGCAGGCAGCACAGGCCGCUGCUUAGAUGCUCAGGGACAUGAACCCUAACCCUAACCCGCCAAAAUACGCAGAGGACUUUUUCCAGAGUGGGCUGCUGAGUAAAGAGACAGAGAAUAUGGAGCAGAGGAACUGGAUGACACUUACCUAAGACUGUACAUCAUGUCAAUAUGUAACUGACUAUGGAAACAUGCUCUAAUGAGGGACCAUGAGUGUGCUUGAUUUUCUGUGCUACAGUUGGCUGAUCCCACCCAACAUGUCACUUUUGACUCAUCGAGCCUUGACUAACUCAGUCAUGUACAGACAUAAAUACUGCAUAAACUAUGACAUGGAAUGGGAGUACUUUGGAAAUGAUGGGAAUGUUGUGCCAUAAGAAAUAUAUGUUGAGGCCCAAACGGAUAUAUUAUUGAUUAGACCUCUUAUAUUAACCAAUGAGAAGAUUAUAUAUUGAAUUUUGAUGUGCGUGUGUGAUCACAUCAGUCCAAUGGUUACAUCUCUCUGUCACAACUAACACACUACAUAAUGCUGCUGUAAAUGUAAGUGUGCUGUUUCCCUCCCUGUUGACGGUUAAUCAAUUAAUUCUGCCUCCUGCUCACUUUCAGAUCAAGGUCCACCAAAUUUCCAGGAAAAUGGGUGUCUUCUGUCUUAAGGACACAUGAUAAGCCUUGCAUUUCUUAGCUGAUGCUGCCAAGGGCUCUCUUAUUUCAGGGAGAACUUGAUGCAAAUUAAGUUUUAGAGUCUGCUAGAAGUUAGUAAUGGCCUUGCAUUGUAAAGUAUAUCUGAUUGAAAGGUCCGGUGUGUAGGAUUUAAGGGCAUCUAUGGGCAGAAACUGUAUUAGAUUAUUUAUAACUAUGUUUAUUAGUUUAUAAUCACCUGAAAAUAAGAAAUUAGGGCUGGCCCUUGAAAGUUGGGCUUGUAUUUUUCCCCUUGCAGAGUAUUUUUGCUGCAGAGUGAGUGCUCUUGACUUUCACGCUACUCUUUAGUACAGCGAGUUGCGGACAUGCAGGCA